UUUUAUUAUCGGAGUGCAGAAAGAUUCAGUGAAUUUUUACAAGAUACAAAAUUCGACGACUCAAAAAUUUUGUAGAACGGUAAAGCAAGCGCAACAAUCUCAAUAUCACUGGAAUAGUUUCUUCUCCAUUUCUUUCCUCAAAUUUUAUUGGUCAUAUGGACGAUGAGCCUCGGCUGCCGUCUGGAAAAGUAUUAAUAAAAGCAACGAAACGUCACUCCUACAAAAUCGCUGCUAACAAUUUAUGAAAAGUCCUUGUACACCAGGUACAAUCAAGCAAACGUUUUUCACUUCAACAAUUUUCAUUCCUGCAAGCUAUCGAAUUUUCAUUCGUAAAUGGAUGACCAAGGAGAGAAUCAUUUCGUUGUCGACGAUGUGAGCAAAAUAAUUAAAGAAGCAAUCGAGAGCACCAUCGGGGGUAAUGCAUAUUUACACGAUAAAGUGAAUAAUUGGACGGGCGCCGUGGUUGAGUCAUGUUUGAGUGUUCUAACAAAAUUGCAAAAACCGUACAAAUAUAUCGUGACAUGCACAAUUAUGCAAAAGAAUGGAGCCGGAUUGCAUACAGCCAGUAGUUGUUUUUGGAAUAAUGAGACUGAUGGCUCGUGCACCGUACGCUGGGAAAAUAAAACAAUGUACUGCAUUGUGUCCGUGUUCGGAUUAGCCCUAUAAAUCAUUAAUUUAUUAUUUCACACUAAUUUUUUGGUUUAGAUUAACUAUAACUUCCUUCAAGCGGUGAUUGCCGUUUCUUUUCUGAUCUUGA